UCUGGAUGUUGAUGGCAGGACAGAGGGGCACCUGGACCAUGGACAACGUGGUAGAGAAGAGUUUGGAAGGGCCCCUGGCACCUUCUACAGAUGAGCCCUCCCAGAAAAGGGGAGACCUGGUAGAAAUCUUAAAUGGGGAUAAGGUAAAAUUUGACGACACUGGACUCUCCUUAAUUCUGCAGAAUGGCCUGGAGACCCUCCGAGUGGAAAACGCUCUGACAGACGUCAUCUUGUGUGUGGACAUUCAGGAAUUCUCCUGCCACCGCGUGGUGCUUGCCGCGGCCAGCAACUAUUUCAGGGCCAUGUUCUGCAAUGAUUUAAAGGAAAAGUAUGAGGAGAGGAUCAUCAUCAAAGGGGUCGACGCGGAGACCAUGCACACUCUUCUGAACUACACGUACACCAGCAAGGCGCUGAUCACCAAGCAGAACGUCCAGCGGGUCCUGGAAGCUGCUAACCUUUUCCAGUUCCUGCGGAUGGUGGAUGCCUGUGCGAGCUUCCUCACAGAAGCCUUGAACCCGGAAAACUGUGUUGGAAUACUGAGGCUGGCAGACGCACAUUCCUUGGACAGCCUAAAGAAGCAGGUUCAAAGUUACAUCAUCCAGAACUUUGUGCAGAUUCUGAACUCCGAAGAGUUCCUUGAACUUCCUGUGGAUACCCUGUACCACAUCUUGAAGAGCGAUGACCUUUAUGUGACAGAAGAGUCUCAGGUGUUUGAGACUGUGAUGAGCUGGGUCAGGCACAAACAGUCAGAACGACUCUGCUUGCUCCCCUAUGUCCUGGAGAACGUGCGCUUGCCGCUUCUGGACCCAUGGUACUUUGUGGAGAUGGUGGAAGCGGAUCCUCUCAUCAGACAAUGCCCAGAGGUCUUCCCGCUGCUACAGGAAGCCAGGAUGUACCACCUUUCUGGCAAUGAGAUCAUUUCGGAGCGCACCAAGCCCAGGAUGCAUGAGUUCCAGUCUGAGGUGUUCAUGAUCAUCGGUGGCUGCACGAAGGAUGAACGGUUUGUGGCGGAGGUAACCUGCCUGGAUCCCCUGAGGCGCAGCCGCCUGGAGGUGGCCAAGCUCCCCAUGACAGAGCACGAGCUGGACAGUGAGAAUAAGAAGUGGGUGGAGUUUGCAUGCGUGACAUUAAAAAACGAGGUCUACAUCUCAGGUGGCAAAGAAACACAGCACGAUGUUUGGAAAUAUAAUUCUUCAAUCAAUAAGUGGAUUCAAAUUGAGUAUUUGAACAUAGGCCGCUGGAGGCAUAAGAUGGUGGUGCUUGGGGGCAAGGUCUAUGUGAUCGGAGGUUUCGAUGGCUUGCAGAGGAUCAACAACGUGGAGACCUAUGACCCCUUCCACAACUGCUGGUCAGAGGCUGCACCCCUCCUUAUCCAUGUCAGUUCCUUCGCAGCCACCAGCCAUAAGAAGAAGCUCUAUGUGAUUGGGGGAGGGCCCAAUGGGAAACUGGCCACGGACAAGACUCAGUGUUACGACCCUUCAACCAAUAAGUGGAAUUUAAAGUCAACCAUGCCAGUAGAGGCUAAAUGCAUCAAUGCAGUGAGUUUCCGGGACCGUAUCUAUGUGGUUGGAGGGGCCAUGAGAGCGCUGUACGCCUACAGCCCUCUGGAGGACAGCUGGUGCCUGGUGACCCAGCUCAGCCACGAGAGGGCCAGCUGCGGCAUCGCGCCCUGCAACAACCGGCUGUACAUCACUGGGGGGCGGGACGAGAAGAACGAGGUCAUCGCCACGGUGCUGUGCUGGGACCCCGAGGCCCAGAAACUGACGGAGGAGUGCGUCCUGCCCCGGGGGGUGUCGCACCACGGCAGUGUCACCAUCAGGAAGUCGUACACCCACAUUCGGAGGAUCGUGCCUGGAGCUGUGUCGGUCUGA